CACUGGCUUUACAGCGCGUAAGCACCCAAAGCGAACACAGCCCAAGUCAUCGUAUUUCGGAUGUCGUGUGUAGUGUGAAUCCUCCAUCAAACUAUUUGCAUUUAUUCUUAAUUUUUCGGAAGCGUUAUAUAUAGUUCCUUUGUGACCUUAACCAAAUCAAACUUAACCUAACCUUCAGACACUGGCAGCCACAUAAAAAUAAAUUGCAGAGUCCUGUGGAUUUUAUAGCACACAACGUGGUACUGAAUAAAAUCUGAUAGUGGAUUCCUCACAACACAUAUGCAAUGGAGGCUAAUAAAAUUGAAGAGACAGCCGUGGAAGUUAAGAUUUCCGAAGAUAGCGAGACCAAUCAAAACCACGAUGCUUUCGAUUACGAGGGAAACCUUUAUCCGCAAGAGAAUCAAAAUUGGGAAACGCCGUGUAUAAAAACAGAAUUAGAUCAUAGUACAUCGACUAGUCUCGCUGGCACGCCCGAUAAUAGCAAUUAUAGUGCAAUAAUGAAGGAAGAGAACAUGUGCGUCGAGAAUACAGACAGUCCAUACAAUGGUUUAUGCGACGCGGAAUCUCCAGAAUACACCACGGACAUAAAUAAUACUUCUGAUGACUUGCGGCAAUUUGACGUACUGGACGAUAUAGAUCGUCAUACAGAACAAAAUUAUUCGGAUGCCGAUUCAGAUACAGAUGAGAGUAUGGACUCUGACGUGCCGGACGAAGAAAUUGAAGCUAUGUUAGAAGAAGGUCUACCAGAAAAAUUUAAAGGGAAGAGGAAAAACAAAAAGGAUAGCAUGCCUUAUGAAGAAAAAGAAAAACUUGUUUUAGAUGAAAUCGGACAUAAUCAUUUUGACGUUCUUCCUGAGGGUUGGGUACAAGUAACGCAUAACAGUGGAAUGCCGCUGUACCUUCAUAAACAAAGCAGGGUUUGUACUCUAGCGAAGCCGUAUUUUCUUGGUCCAGGAAGUGUUAGAAAGCACGAAGUUCCUGUAAGUGGCAUACCUUGCCUUCAAUAUAAACGAGCGUUAAUAGAAGAGGAAGAAGAACGGAAGAAAGAGAUGGAGCGCGCACCAAACGCUGAAACUUACAGUCUUCCUAGCGCAAAAAUUGAAACUAUACAGGAAAAUCGCGCGGCACAUUCAUUAGAUAGCGAGCAAUUAAGGAAGUAUUGUCAAUCGCUGUUUCGCUUCAAAUCGAUUAAAGUAAUGAGAUUCCAAUCUUGGUCAGCGCGUCGAAAAUUCACGAAAAAUAAGAGGCAUCGGAAACAACUCGAACGUCCAACCUUGCCAGAUGGCACGAAAUUAAUAACUUUCCCUGUGAAUAGCUCCUGUGGUGUAAGUGGCACUGGUAAUAAUGCUGGAGAAGAUAAUGGUCAAAGACCUCCAAAGCAUUGGAUAAUGAACCCAUCUGGCAAAAGUUAUGUUUGUAUUCUUCAUGAAUAUGUGCAACAUGCUCUCAAGAAACAACCAACGUAUAAGUUUAAAGAGCUAGAAAAUGCGGCGACUCCGUACUCCGCGGUAGUAUGCAUCAAUGACAUGGAAUAUGGCAGCGGAUUUGGUAGCAGUAAGAAACAAGCAAAAGCUAAUGCAGCACGUAAGACCCUCGAAAUCUUGAUUCCUCAAAUGAGAGAUAAGAUUUCCGGCGACAAUGAUGGAGACACUGGAUCGAAUAACGCUAGUCGCACAAUAAAAGCGUCUCGAAGAAAUUCCGAUGCGGAUUUAUCAUUUUUUGACGAAAUAUCCAUCACGGAUCCACGAGUCGCGGAAUUCUGUGCAAAAACUACAGAACCUUCACCACACGCUAUUUUAAUAACUUGUCUUCAGAGAAAUUAUGGCUUGGGAGAUAUGCACAUUAAUUAUUCGGUAAACACGCUAAAGCACCAGAGAAAUGAAUUUACGAUGCGAGUUGGUAAACAUGAGGCUACUGUUGUUUGCCGUAAUAAAAAAGACGGUAAGCAACGAGCAGCACAAGCGAUACUGCAACUUAUGCAUCCACACAUACAGUCUUGGGGUUCGUUAUUACGGCUUUAUGGAUCGCGGAGUGUGAAGUCCUUUAAGGAAAAGAAAGAGUUGGAGCAACAAAUUACUCUCCUGCAGGGUAAAGCUGCCGUUAAUCAACCAAAUCACGCUAUUUUAGGUAAACUUAGACAAGAGAUGCGAAAAUUAGCUGAACAACGAGAAGCCAUACAGCCUAUUGGCAAAUUCGUAGCACUAGAUUUACCAACAGGGUCUGCAGCUAAUUUGAAUAAUGUAGAUUUGUAAGGAAAAAAUAUAAAA